UUUAACUUCAGCGAUUUCUUCGCCCACCAAAGUCUGAAAUGUCAGCUUUGCCAGCUUUUGCCGUAUUUUGUAUAUAUUUUGUGCAGCUAGUGUCUCUUCAGACACCUAAAAUUACCAUCAAUGUUGAUGUAAGUAAGGUGAUCCAGGACAUUGAUGAAGAUGUGUUUAUGGGUGUGACGCUGGACUGCUACUUGAUGCAGGAUAACUGGGAAGGAUUUGACUUCAGAAAUGGACGAAUGCUGAAUCUUGCCAAGGGAAUGGCUCCGUCAUUUCUGCGUAUUGGGGGUACGGCAUGCGACUCCCUCACCUUUGACCCCAACAGGCUCGAAAAGAAAGAUAUUUCCAAAUUGGUUCGCCCACCCUUCACAACAAACUUCACAAUGACAGCGGAAGACUGGGACAAUUUCAACAUGUUUGUAAAGGAGGUGGGAUGGAAGAUGAUCUUUGGCAUCAACGCCAAGAAACGAGGUGGAGCUGAGUGGGAUCCCACGAAUGCUAUUGUGUUGCUGCAGUACACGGUGAAAAAAGGAUAUCCUAUGUAUGGAUUUGAGCUUGGAAACGAGCCUGAUAUCUUCCCGAAGAAAGUGUCUCCGCAGCAGCUGGGCGAAGACUUCGUUACUCUACAGAACGUGUUGAAGUCGCUGCCUUUUGAGAAGUCAUUGAUCAUCGGCCCAGAUACUACCGGUGUCGGGCAGUACGUGGACGAUUUCUUGAAAGGAGAUGGUGGAAGUGUUAUAAACGCAGCUACGGUGCACCAUUACUACUUUGAUGGUAGACAUUCCGUGCUGAGUAUGUUCUUGGACCCAAACAUAAUGGACAGCCUCAAGGCCAAGAUCGAAUCUUUUCUUGCUGUGGGAAAAGCCGACAUUCCCGGGAAACCAGUGUGGCUGGGCGAGACGUCGUCGGCCUACAACACAGGAACUCCAGGGAUAUCUGACACAUAUGUUGCAGGAUUUCUGUGGAUGGACAAACUGGGUCUCAGUGCCAAAAUGGGAGUGAAAGCUGUUCUCCGCCAGGAUUUCUAUGGAGGAAACUACAGUUUGAUACAACAAAACACCUUCUUCCCCAACCCUGACUACUGGCUGACUGUGCUGUACAAAAGACUGGUUGGAAGUCACGUGUUCAACCUGACAUCUACGGCCGAUAAGUCUGUCAGGGUGUAUGCCCACUGUGCCAAGCGAACAAGCGUGUACAAAUAUGGUGCAGGCAGUGUUGUCGUGUACGCCAUGAAUCUGCACGAGUCUGACGUCAACCUGACGUUACCCCAGUUUGCCGGCCAGUCCCGAGAUGUGUACUGGCUGACCCCACCCAACAACAAUCUCACAGCCACUACCGUGAACCUUAAUGGAGCGCCCAUCAACCUGAUGAACGACGACCUGCCUCCCUUGACUCCCAGUAAGCUGACUUCAGACGUCACGGUGCCACCAAGAUCAUUCGGCUUCCUGGUAUUCCCACAGGCUGGAGUUGCAGCAUGCAAAUAGUUCCACAUGACCUUGACAUUUGACCCCCACAUGCCAUGUGACGUGGUGCUCAUAAUCAGUUUUAAAUAAAUGCAGUGAUGUAUAAUUCAUUCAGCUACGUCAUCUUGUAAUUCAAUAAAGAAAGACUAAA